UUCCGAUCUUGGCAGGACCCUUGGCAGGGGAUGGGGAAACGGUGGUGGAGUGGAGGGCAGCCCCUAACAGAGGCCACAGCAAAACCCCUCAUUCCACGGGUUCCUCUAUCCAACCCCCAUUUGGGGAGCUCUUCGUGGGAGAGAGGAUGGGGAUCUGGGUUCCCUUCACGGGGAGAAAGUUACUGACCUGCCCCAUUUCCCGCUUUCUUUAAACUCCUUUUCCUUCCCUCCAUCCACCAGCUAGAGCUAAAAUCUUGGUGCCCCUCCAAGUGGCGGGCAGAGCCUGAUGGGUUUGGGAAGGAGGGAAAGGAGACUGGAGGACGUGACACCAGUCUCAGUUCCCUCCGCCCCCUGCUUCCCCGCCACUGCCGCUCUCCAAAUUGGCGCGGAACCGGCUUCUCCACUGCGUUUCGCCUCCACAACCCCCUCUCGGCGCAGUCCGUCCAGGACGGGAGGGGGAUGUGGGAGCGCUGCCCCAGUUCCACUCUGGAUAUAUGGAGAGAGGGUGGAGGACCCAGAAAAACUCGUUUGGGGGAGAUCUGCCACCCUGUGCUUUUAGGGUGCUGGAGGUGCUUUGUAAAUUUUUUUGAAGACGUUCGCGUUCUGGCUGUACAUUCAGUUCAGGAAAUGUGUGCAAAAUUAAUUACUAUGAGAUAACUAAUAUAGUGCAGAAGACAGCAUGGUAAAAUGACCCAGGCUGCCUUCUGAAGGACUUAACUUUAACCUCUGCAUCAGUUCUAAUGGGCACUUGGAAAAUAUGGGUGACUGUGUACUUAACUCUGGUUUUUCUACCCCCACUCCUUCAGGAGGUUUCAUAUACCUGAAAAAGAAUGUCAAGACGCAGUAGCCGUUUACAAGCUAAGCAGCAUGCUCAGCCCAGCCAGCCAGACUCUCCCCAAGAAAUCCAGAUAAUCCAGGCCAAGAAGAGAAAAACAGCACAGGAUGUAAAAAAAAGAAGAGAGGAGGUCACCAAGAAACAUCAAUAUGAGAUUAGGAAUUGUUGGCCACCUGUAUUAUCCGGGGGAAUCAGUCCUUGCAUUAUCAUUGAAACACCCCACAAAGAAAUAGAAACAAGUGACUUUUCCAGAUUUACAAAUUACAGAUUUAAAAAUCUUUUUAUUAAUCCUUCACCUUUGCCAGAUUUAAGCUGGGGAUGUUCAAAGGAGGUCUGGCUAAACAUGCUAAAAAAAGAGAGCAGAUAUGUUCAUGACAAGCAUUUUGAAGUUCUACAUUCUGACUUGGAACCACAGAUGAGGUCAAUACUUCUAGACUGGCUUUUAGAGGUAUGUGAAGUAUACACACUUCAUAGGGAAACAUUUUAUCUUGCACAAGAUUUUUUUGAUAGAUUUAUGUUGACACAAAAGGAUAUAAACAAAAAUAUGCUUCAACUUAUUGGAAUUACCUCAUUAUUCAUUGCUUCCAAACUUGAGGAAAUCUAUGCUCCAAAACUCCAAGAGUUUGCUUAUGUCACUGAUGGUGCUUGCAGUGAAGAGGAUAUCUUAAGGAUGGAACUCGUUAUAUUAAAGGCUUUAAAAUGGGAACUUUGUCCUGUAACAGUCAUCUCCUGGUUAAAUCUCUUUCUCCAAGUUGAUGCUCUUAAGGAUGCUCCUAAAGUACUUCUACCUCAGUAUUCUCAGGAAACAUUCAUUCAAAUAGCUCAGCUUUUAGAUCUGUGUAUUUUAGCCAUUGACUCCUUAGAGUUCCAGUACAGAAUACUGGCAGCUGCUGCCUUGUGCCAUUUUACCUCCAUUGAAGUGGUUAAGAAAGCCUCAGGUUUGGAAUGGGACAUCAUCUCAGAAUGUGUAGACUGGAUGGUACCUUUUGUCAGUGUAGUAAAAAGUACUAGUCCAGUGAAGCUAAAGACUUUUAAGAAGAUACCUAUGGAAGACAGACAUAAUAUCCAGACACAUACAAAUUAUUUGGCUAUGCUGGAUGAAGUAAAUUAUGUAAACACCUUUAGAAAAGGGGGACAGCUGUCACCAGUGUGCAAUGGGGGCAUUAUGACACCACCGAAGAGCACUGAAAAACCACCAGGAAAACACUAAAGGAGUUACUUGACAAGCAAAUUGAAACUGAGCAAGUAUUGCUAGAAUUUCAUACAACUGAACUAAAGUUUUUACAGGAAAAUAGUGCUCUGAUUAUCCUUGGCAAUUCAGAAGUGACACUGCCAUUCUUUGAAAAACCACUUGAAAUUGGCACUAAAGAAGAUAUUCACUUCCUAUAUUAGCCAUUAAAGAAGGCUGAACAUGUUUACAAAGAUGACUUCAUUCACAAGUCUACUGGAGAGAAGCCAGCCACAAUUAUUUUUGGAUCCAGUGUUACUAUGUUUAUUUUGAUAAACAAGGAAUUUUAUCAUUGCAGUUUUGGACUAGAUAAGUGCUACCUUAAAGGGUACAUUGAUAUAAUAUUCUGAAUCUAGCUUUAGAUUCUCAAAUUCCUAUACUCUUAACUAGUGCAAUUUGGUUCUUGAAAAUAAAAUUUAAACUUGUUUACCAAGACUUAGUUUUGUAAUAAGGUGACUAAUUUAUCUAAACCUGUAGUAGCAAACUAUUAUAAAACUUGAAUUUUUACAAAUGGUAAGAUUUAAUGUAUUUUUUUAACUUUCUUAUUUGCCUUGCCAUCAUAUUCUUUAACCAAUAAGGCUUCAAUGAACAGGAUGUUUUAAACUGCUCUAAACAGUGGGAGUACCAAAGAAAUUAAAAAUAAAGAUAAAUGCUGUGGCUCCUACUUGGAGCUUUGAUAUAUAGGUUGCUUUAUAAUGACCUUUCUGUAUAUCACAAUUUGGGUGAAGUCUUAAGUACCUUUUUAAACUAUUUAUAUGAGAAAGUCACUUUAUUACUCUAAGAUAUCCCUAAGGCUUUUUUUUUUUUUUUAAUUUAGUGUGACUAAGGCUUUAUUUAUGUUUAUAAAACUGUUAAGGUCCAAUUUAAAUUCCUACAUUAUGAGAUAAGGACAGCGUCAAAAUGAUAAAGAUUAACACUUAUUUUAUUAAGGCAGAAAAAUAUUAAAUGUAUACCACAAGUCUAUUUAUUAAAAAGACAUAAGAACUUGCUGUAUAUAGACUAGCUACUACUUACCUUAAAUUAGCUUUUGCCUCAAAAAGUGGAUUUAAUUACUAAAGCAUUAUCCUAAUGUGAAUCUCUUCUCCCUUUGAAGAAACUGUAAAUUAAAGUUACUAUUAUAGUAUGAAGUCUUUUGUAUAGUUUUAAACUAUUUGUUUCUGUAUUGUCUGAAAAGAAAACACCACUAAAUGUGUACAUAUGUAUUAUAUAAACUUAAUCUUUUAAUACUGUUUAUUUUAAGCCCAUUGUUUAAAAAAUAAAAGUUUAAAAAGCUUUGACUGCUUAAAAGUAAA